UAGCUAGUCUAACUUCGUCUGAUUUGUUCUUCAGCUGAACUUUUCGAUGCUUUUCAUCUUUCUUCUUUUUUCAUUUUUCGUCACGUUAUAUGUGUAAUUAUAAUUUUAUUGCGAAAUGUAACACAGUUGCAAAAAGAGAUCGAUGAACUAGCGCGGUCGGCAGUGAUAUAAACAUGACAGAUCCAAAUCCGUGAGGUCCGCGAUUCACGGCUAUCGUGGGGGAAAACGUGAGAUCGAGGGUGGCAAAGGUGGGCAGCGCGAGCGGCGGUCGGCAUCAUCAUCAUCAUCAGCAGGCGCCCAGGCGGGCAGACGAACGACAAGUCGUACGUCAAACAUGGCGGAGUUGAUCGCGAUCCCGUUGAAGAAGCCUUCGGAUGUCGACGUGGUGAAGCCGCUCACCAAUGUCAUUCGGUCGACGUAUAGCGGCACGGGCAAGGAUUACACGGACGCCGUCGCGGAGUUUGGCAAGCUGCGGAACAACGCUCUGUGGCGCGCCUUCGAGAAGUACGAGAGCUCCUUACAGGUUAUCUACAGCUAUUACGAUCAAUUAUGCGCUCUGGAAGGGAAAAUUCCCGCUCACGAAUUGCAAAUACCGUUCAAGUGGAAAGACGCUUUCGACCGUACAAUUUUUGGGGGAAAACUUAGUCUAACGAUCAGUACGUUGGCGUAUGAAAAAGUAUGCGUGCUCUUCAAUAUCGCUGCCUUACAAAGUUCGGUGGCGGCUACGCAGUCCUUGGACAGCGACGAAGGAUUAAAACUGUCAGCCAAGUUAUUUCAGCAAUCGGCAGGAAUAUUGAAUCAUCUGAAAGGAAAUGUCAUGAUGGCGAUUCAACAGGAACCGACACCCGAUAUUAGCCCAGAUACGCUCGGAGCGUUAAGCGCGUUAAUGUUGGCGCAAGCGCAAGAAAUAUUCGUGCACAAAGCGAUUCAUGAUUCCAUGAAAGACGGCAUCGUCGCGAGACUUGCGGCGCAAGCGGAAGAGCUGUAUGCGGAUGCCCUGAAGCUAUUCCAGAAGGAAAUCUUCCGUGCGUUUUGGGAUAAGGAAUGGGUGCCACUGAUCGCUGGCAAACAGGCUGGUUAUCGCGCCAUGGCUGAAUUUUAUCAAUCGCUUGUAUGUAAGAAUAAUAAAUCGAUUGGCGAAGAAAUAGCCAGACUGGAGCAUGCUGUGGAACUGUUCAAAGCCGCUCAGCAGAGAUCGAAUAAGCCGAAUUUGUUCCAAGAUUAUGCCAACAGGGCGCAGAGAAAUUUAACGGAGGUGAAAAAGGAUAAUGACUUUAUAUAUCACGAAAGGAUUCCGGAUAUUAAGAACGUGGAGGCUAUAGGAAAAGCUAGCGUUGCUAAACUACUCCCGCUACCUGAAGUAUUCAGUACCGAUUUUAAAGAUUUGUUUGCCGAGCUGUUGCCUCUUAAUGUACGCCACGCGAUGUCGGCCUACGAGAAUCGUCGUAACGAGCUUGUUAAUUACGAAAUUUCGAAUCUUCGUGAAAUGACUCAACUUCUGAAUAGCGUUCUGGCAAGCUUGAACUUACCAGCGGCUAUAGAGGACACGAGUGGAACGGAAAUACCCGAAUCGCUUUUGGAGAAAGCGCUUGGUGUGCGAGAAUCAGGCGGGAUAAGAGCUUUGGAAGCGUCUAUGAGAGAACUGCCAGAUUUAUUGCAGCGUAACAAGGAGCUUUUAGACGAGUCUGAAAGAAUGCUGCAAGAGGAACGUGAGUCCGACAACCAGUUAAGAGAGCAAUUUAAAGAGCGUUGGAAGCGGACACCCAGUGCCCGGUUGACCGAACAAUUUACUAGCAAUUUACAAAAAUACCGUGAAAUUAUUAAUAACGCAGUUACUGCUGAUAAGGUAGUUCGUGAGAAAUAUGAGAGCCACAAAGAAGGGAUCGAAAUUCUAAGUUUGGACGAGGAUGAACUUGCUAGGGCUAUUCCGCAAGGUUCUGCUCUUCAAGAAAGUAAUGCUGUUAUUAAGCUCAGGAAAUUGAUGGAAGAUGUAGCCACACUAAAAUCUGUACGAGACACUAUUGAAAAUGAAUUUAAAUUCGCUGCCAAUGACAUGAAAUCGACAUUCCUCUCGGCACUUGCCAAGGAUGGCGCGAUCGAUGAACCAAAUAUAUCUGUCGAGAGUCUGGGUAAAUGUUACGGACCUUUGCAAAAGCAAGUACGGGAGAGUGUAGCGCAACAGGAAAAAUUAGUUGCUGAAAUUCAGAGUUGCCAUGCAGAAUUUACGAACGAACAAGUCGGUAGCGGUAGUGCGCGAGAAGCGAUGCUUUGUAAAUUGGCUUCCGCAUACGAUGCGUUUAAAGAGCUGAAGAAUAAUCUAGGAGAAGGAGCUAAAUUUUAUAACGAUUUAACGCAGCUACUCGUGGUUUUCCAAAACAAGAUAUCCGACUUCUGUUUCGCCCGAAAAACCGAAAAAGAGGAACUUCUAAAAGAUUUAACUACGAACCUGAGUCAGACCGGUCCGGUUGCAACACCAAGCAUUCCAUCUCAUCACAGUAGUGGUUCGCCUGGCACGGAAGCCGCCGCAUCGUCGCCGCAGCUGCCUUAUCCCGUCCAACCUCAAGGUAGUAUGCCUAUACCUUACGGUGCUGCGCCGAUGGCACCGUAUCCAACGUACGUUCCUCCACCGAUGCCAACGGCGUACAAUCCAUAUGCUACGAUGCCAUAUCCAACGCAAGCUGGAUACAAUCCGUAUCAGAGUAUGCCUCAAGCUCCAUACGGAGGUUACGCUACAUUACCACGUUACGGCGGUGCUCAGCCACCGCAUGGACAAAACCCAUGGUGAACGUAUACAGGCAAGCAGUACAUUGACGUAUAUUGCGCGAUUUAAAGUCUAAUCGUAUAUCCACACGCAUAUUUUAUAUAUAAAUUCUAGAAAAAUCUACAAUUAAUCAACGUUGGGUGGACGAUGUUGCGUGUAAUCCAAGGGAGUUUGCGUUUAAUUGUUACACGUUUCAUCGUAUCGAGUCCUUUAUCUAGUAUAUAUACCAUAUACAGAUUGACCGUUGAUAUUUGUUAAGCUUUAAGCGCCGCUUUGUCAAUUUUGUGUAGAGGGCUUAUUAUCGAUUUAUAAAUAUAUUUUGUAAAAUAA